ACUGAAAGCUGUGUAUAGUGUAUGUAGUUUCACAAUGUUGCAAAAUUUACAGCAAGGAAGCCGUAUUAGCUAUAUGGUAGUAUUAUAAUGUGUCAUCGUUGUCGAACACUAGCAAUUCUUCCUGUUGUGUUUGUAUCUUUGUGCGUUGUUGCUGUAUUAGUGGCAUACUUAACAUCGACAUUGAUCAACAAAGAUGUCUACCCAUGGAUUCCAAGCAUUGGCGAAACCAACGCAAAGCAGCCGUAUAUGAAUGUAUUUGGUCAACUAUUUAAUAUAUGCAGUUUUUUGUUGCUGAUGACAGUGUUUGUGCGAUAUUUACAAGUCAAACACGAUGCAGACUGGAACGAAGAGUCGCGAUCAUCUAUCAUCAAGCUGAACCAAGCGGGUAUGACUCUGGGGACACUGGCAGCUGUAGGGUGCUGUGUAAUUGCUAAUUUUCAGGCAGAAGCUAAUGAAAGAGUAAAAACAGUCAAUAUGAUUGGAGCAGCAAUGGUUCUGUUCUGUGGAGUGGCAUUUUGCUGGAUUCAAACUAUCAUUUCUUACAAGAUGAAGCUGUGUGGUAUAAAUUCAUCUGGUUUGUACAUCACAAGAGCUGCCUGUGCAUUUUUGGUAUCAUUUUCUGCAGUUGUGUGUAUUYUUUGUAAAGGUAUUGCUGACGAACAAUGGAAUGAUGUAGCACAUAAUAAAACUACUGAAGACUGGACACCUCAGGAUGUCGGUUUCGUGCCUCAUGUGAUCAGUAAUUGUGCACAGUGGAUCAUUGCUUUCAUCCUCUUGAUUUUUGUUCUAACCUUCCUUGGAGAGUUCAAGAGUAUGAAACUAAAGUUGGUGGUGUCUCGAUACAAUCCUCUGCCUGUACCUUUGUCUGUUUCACAAGAAAGUAUGAGAACUCCCCUUCUGAUGUGAUUAGAAUGUUGCUGGACCUCACAGUACAAUGACAUGUACAAUCUUCAAUAUUCACAAUAAAUAAUUGAAAGGUAGCUGUAUSUUUGCAUGAAAUUGACAUGCAUGCAUUGAUAGAUUCAUGUYAAUYAUUCCCUCUAAGCAUGUUAAGGCUAAAUUAGAUGGCACAACUUUUGCCUACAACCAURGCAUGRGACCUGCAUAAGUCAUCCUUACAACAUGGCUACCACUGUCAUGGAGCUAUUAAGCAAUUCUUUAAAAUCCCUACAACAGUUGUAGCUAUGAUGUAAGGAUGAUGAAUGCAGGUUGCAUGCAAUAGUUUAAGACAAAAGUUGUGCUGUCUAAAUUAGCCUUUAGAAGGUUUCUAUCAUUGCACACUCAACAAUAGUCUUUAAUAUGAAGCAUCUCUUUUGUUAACAUACAGUUGGCAUCAAGAUGAAGAUCUGGUCAUCUCUAUGCAUAUGAUUCAUAUAGAUUAUUUCUAUGUAAGAUUUGUUUACGUGAUUGCCCCACGUGCACGUGUUGAGUGAUUCAGUUCAACCUCAUAACUUUGGGCCUCCUGUGUUUGCCAAUAACGACGUGAGUCCAACUGAAUUGCAUGAAUAUCUAAAUUUUCCCAAUGGCAAGCAAUUUAGCUCUUUGUYGCUAWUAAGAUCGCAGCAUUAUAGCCCAAUCAAAAGCGAUAUUGAGCUUUGAAAAUGCUAAAAUUAUUUGCAUUAAUUAUUAAAAUUAUGGGAUCAUUACGAAUCUGAAUAUGUCGGCUGGAUUAGCCAAUCAGAAUCGAAUCUGUAAGCAUUUAAUCAUCAAUAGAGAUGCAUUGUAUACAACGAGUAUAUAAACGGAACAAAAUAUUAUAUACACCUAACCAAAAAAAWUUCUGCAASUUUCAAUAUGUAUAUGAGAAUGGACAGCACAAAAGGGGGUUAAAGAAUUAAGACCCUUUUGAUGCAGCGAGUGAARAAAUUGCGUCUUUUAGACGACUGGAUGUUUCUGCCAGAGACGAGACCCCUUUUGUGAUGUACUCUCUCAUCUUGCCCUGAACCUAAGCAAUACAGAGCACGCAAGAUGCAAAUCAACCGAUGCUACGCAGAUGCACAAUAACGCCCAUUYACCGUCAUGCACCUGGGAAAUAGACCUGAACACAUGCGCGCAGUUUCAUUUUUUUGGGAGAGACCCCUUUUGUGAUGUACUCUCUCGUAUGUAUUUUGUUUCCCUGUUAUUUAAUCUCUCAUGGACAAAAGCAGAACUUUCUUGGUUAUGUGUAUACGUAGAAUGAUACAGGACAAAACACCAACUUGUAGCUUUAUAACUCUGUUUUAAUUAACGUUUAGGCCAAUUGCAUAACCGUGCAUAAUUGACAAAUAGUUAAGUAACAAUGCGCUUAAGAACUAGGGAACUCUCUAUUGUUCUGCGGCAUUGCAACUUCCAUACAUACGAAUAGUGGUUUUCACACUGAUUACAUAUCAACCUUCGACUUAAAGCAUCUGGUGCAGAGGAAACUCAGAAUUGCCUGUUGGGAGUAUMUUGAAGAAGUUGUCUCUCWGGUUCGGACGGAAACUGUUGUACCAACAAACGUUUCUGGUCCCUAUUUAAAGGGACACUGUCAAUAUGGAUGACAUGCGCAGUAACAGUCUCACCUCUAAC